CUUAGGGUCAUGGUGAUCAUGCUUUCAAGCAGAAUGACGCCACAAGAAGAUAAUUUCUUUCACACACUACAAUUCCAAGGAGAUGUAUCUAUCAGCUAUUGGCAAUUACACCUUUACCGUUUGUCUUCAAUAGGUACAGUAUGAAUAUGAAAGAACUCAAGUAGACUGUAGACGCACGCCAACUUCCAUAGUUAUCGAGUUCUCUCUCUUUUCUUCUCUUUAGACUAACUUGUUGUUCACUAAUUCAAAAACUCAAAAAAAAUGCGUCCUGCUGCCAGAGCACAUGAAAUCGAUUCCGUGACGGCGGCGGCCGCCCACGGUGAGGCUGAGUUAGCCUUGCAACUGCUUCGACGCGGAUUCCCCGUAGAGCCUGAUGCAAGGGGCAGCACCGCUUUGCACUACGCAGCCUUCCAAUCGGAUCCUGGGUUCUUGGAACUUGUGCGACUCUUGUUGGGACUUCCUCCGAAUGCAGUCGAGGACGAGCUUGUAGAGGAUGCUGCAAAAACAUCGUCUACUCCUUCUGGAGUUCCCUCAACCACUUCUAUCGGAGAAGCAGAAAAGAAGAAAACCCAUGAUUUGCUAUUCCAUAGGAAUGAACUUGGAGAAACGGCGUGUCAUUGGGCAGUGAAAUUAAGAAUCACGACCUAGUACUAGAAUCUACGAACUGGUGUAGAGGUCGGGCACACGAAAAAAAGGUCUGGUACUAAAGUUUCUAGUGACUAUUAGAAGAGCAUGCUGAAGCUAUUGCUAUUCUUGCACAAGGCAGCUCUCUAAGGGUUCCAAUGCUCGUGACUUCUUCUAAUAUGAGCAGGUAAUGUGGCUGCCAUGAGGUGGCUCAUACGAGCAGAUGCAGGGAUACUUUGUGCCAGGGAUUCGGAGGGCCUUUCACCACUCAUAAUGGCAGCACAGUUGGUUAUGUUCCAAUGCGUAUAUUUUUUUCUGAAAUAUUUCACCACUCUUCAUACUAAUCAGUUGUGCCCUUUGUGCACUGAAGGAUGCUUCAAGUUUUGUAGACUGGUCUGCAUGAACAGUUGAUCCACUCAGGGAGUCAGCUACAUCUAACUUGUAUCAUAUCGAGUGCAUGGAAUGGAUGUAUCUUCAGGGCGCGAGCGUUGAAGAACAGGAUAACCUUGGUCGCACACCUUUGAUGUGGGCAUGUUAUCAAGGCCACCCACGCGCAGUCACCUACCUACUCUCACGUGCGGCUUCUGUUGCUUAAGGCUUUAAGAGUGGAGAGGCUUUUUGUUGUGAAGACGUUUUUGUUCACUUUAGAGCAAGGGUAUGAAUGAAGUUAUAAGUCAAAAUCGAUGAAAAACGGGUUUCAAAAUUUCCCUCGUCUUAUGUAUCCCUCUAUCUGGAAGCUGAGAUCGUCUUUUUUUAUGCUUCCACUCAUCACUCUAUACAUUACUGAGUGCCGUAACAAGUCAAAAUACAAUGUUCGCGCAUUCUGACGGACACGGGGGUCGGGUGAUGACUUCCUGAUCCACUCUAGUCGUGAAGAGUAAAACGUUUUUUCAUAUGAAACACCGCGACCACGAGGGAGCGACGAGUUUGCAUUGGGCCUCAAGACGCGACGCCAAGGAGAUCUGGGCAGGGGGAAGGGCCGUUGUGGAUUGGCUGAUCUCGGUCGGCGCCGUUUAUGAUGUAGUUUUCUGUGUGUGAGUGGGGAAAAAUGAAAGAGUCUCCAUGAAGAAAGAAUGCCACCAGUAGUUCUCGACUGCCACUUUUUUACUUCCAGAGAGUCUUGCUUUGUGGGCCUUAGAAGAAAGUGUCUACAGGCAAAUAAAGAAAUAUAGGCCUUAGAAACAAGUAAAAGUUCACCUACUUACAACUAAACUGAGCAUGAUAUAGAAACGGCGCAUUCCCUGCUUCUUGUCGACAUUCUUUGUUCAAUCAGUCGCCCCAGCAUUCUUUCAUGCUAUUUUGUUGAUAGAUAGUCGCCCCAGCGUUCUUUCAUGCUGUUUUGUUGAUAGAUAGUCGCCCCAGCAUUCUUUCAUGCUGUUUUGUUGAUAGAUAGUCGCCCCAGCAUUCUUUCAUGCUAUUUUGUUGAUAGAUGUUCCGGAUAG